UCUUCUGUCAACAAUUCCGAGAUAAUUUAAAAUGGCGUUUAGUUUUUAGUGUCCGAAGUGUUUUCGAGUUGUUAGAAGUGAAUUAAAUACUUCAAAUGGUGCUAUUAUUGAAUUUCAGAUGUUUCCAAUAUAUUUUCAGGACAAUUAAAGUAGUUAUAUAGCAUCAAAUUUGAGAAAACUCCCGACAAGAUGUCGGAGUCAGGUGACGUUCAACAACCCAGUAGCCCUGCAGAAUGGGACAAGGCGCCUUGCAGAGUAUCAAUUACCGACCAGGAGAUGGGAGGUUUGACCUCGCUAGAGUGGCAGAACCGCUGGAGACAACAGGAUUCUUUCGUUACCCUUUUGGAGCGAAAAACAAUUCAACAAGAAGGGGAACUCGCCGACCUGCGACAGGCCAACGAAAGGGUUAAAGCACAGCUGAUCGAUUCACAACAGCGGGAAAAGGUUCUCAUUCGCAGAUUGACUGCCAAAGAGCAGGAAACUCAAGAUUAUGCGUGUCAACUCAAUGAUUUGAAAAGUUCCCAAGUCCCAACAACAUCAUCUCUAAGGUCAGCUUUACUGGAUCCGGCAGUCAAUAGUUUGUUGCAGCAACUGAGGUCUGAGCUGCAAGCAACAAGAUUGAAACUAGAAGACACCCAAAAUGAGCUAUCUGCUUGGAAAUUCACUCCCGAUUCGAAUACUGGUAAACGUCUCAUGGCAAAAUGCAGACUGCUAUAUCAAGAAAAUGAAGAAUUGGGAAAAGUUACGAGCUCAGGAAGGAUAGCAAAAUUGGAAAGUGAUCUGGCGCUACAAAAAAUAUUCUCAGAAGAAGUUAGGCAAAGUCAAAACGAGUUAGAUUCUUUUCUAGCAGAUUUGGAUGAAGAUGUAGAUGGCAUGCAGAGCACGAUAUUGUUUCUGCAGCAGGAACUGAAAAAGACGAAAGACACUGUUCAAGUGCUUCAAAAAGAAAAUUGUACUUUGAAAAUGGCUAACGGUAGAGCGAAUGGUGACACUAGUGUUUGUGAACAAGAACGGACUGAUUCAGAAUCUGAGAACGAGAGGACUCGUGUUAAAAGAAUAAGGAGGUCUUCAGUUCUGAGUAUUGACUACAAUGAGGAUGACACCCUUGUUAUUAACACCAAUGGUGACGUUGCCAUGUCCUCGGACCCAGAAUAGUGAUGACUGAAAAGUAUCACUACAAUCAAGCUCACCGGUGAUAUUUCAUUUGUUUCAUUCAUAAAUGUUAGAUGAUAUACUGAAUAUGAGAUAUCCCGAUUAUAGUGUAAUGGAAAUAGUUGAAAAAAAA